AUGGGUGAAGGUUGCAAAUUUUUUUAAAUCCAAAAAGUUUAACAAGGUUCUCUGUGUAGUUGCAAUAUGAGCAUGAUUUAAAUAAUCUUUUUAUAUCAUGUGCAGUUGGUAUUUGUAAAGUAUUAAAAUAAGGAUUUGCUUGUAAGGAAGUAACAAGUUGAUUUGAUUCUUGCCCAGAAAAUUAUUAAUCUCGUCAAAUUAAACUUGAGAAGCACAUAUAGUGAUGGAAAAGUAACAGACUUCAAAAAGAAAGAUUGUUAAAUUUACAAUAAAGGAUUUAGCAUAAUAACUACAAGAUAGGAAUUAAUAGAUUAAUAAAUAUUCUAUUACAAAUAAUUAUUUAUUUCAAUAAAAAAUUAUAUAAAUGAAAAGAAUAGUUAUGAUAAAAUUAAUAUUCUUAUAUAUAUAAUUAUUUUUUAAUAACAAAUUAUAAAUGAAAAGAAUAGUUAUGAUAAAAUUAAUAUUCUUUAACAAAUAAUAAUUUUUUUUACCAUCAAAUUUUAUAAAUACAAAAAAUAUUCCAUCUUGAAAAGCUACAACAAUUAAUUAUGA